AUGGACGGCACCGAGCCCUUGGGGCGGCCGGAGCGCCUGGCUGAAGCCGAGGCCGAAGCGCGGGCGGCCGACGGUGGGCGCCUGGUGGAGGUGCAUCUGAGCGGCGGCGCGCCGUGGGGCUUCACCCUGAAGGGCGGCCGCGAGCAUGGCGAGCCACUGGUCAUCACCAAGAUUGAAGAAGGAAGCAAAGCCGCAGCAGUUGACAAGUUGCUGGCUGGAGACGAGAUCGUGGGCAUCAAUGACGUGGGUCUCUCAGGGUUCAGACAAGAAGCAAUUUGUCUGGUGAAAGGGUCCCAUAAGACCUUGAAGCUGGUGGUCAAAAGGAAGAGUGACCCGAAUUGGAGGCCUCACUCUUGGCAUGCCACCAAGUUCUCUGAUGGCCAACCUGAGCCUGCAGCCUCUCAGUUCCCCUGUGCCAGUGGCUACCCUUCCUGGCAUAGCCGCCACCAUGCCAGUUCUUCUUCUCAUGACCUGACCUGCUCAUGGGAGCACAUGAGCCUACAGCGCACUUCCGACCACUUCAGCUCCCUGGGCAGCAUGGACAGCCUGGACCAUACCUCCCAGCCCUACCCAUCUGGCUGCCUCUUGGCCACCAAGUCAAACAGCAGCAUCGACCAUGUAGGUGGCCACAGUAAGCGUGACUCAGCUUAUGGCUCCUUCUCUACCUGCUCCAGCACCCCUGACCACACCUUGCUGAAAGCUGACACCGCCUCCACGGAGAACAUUCUAUACAAAGUCAGCCUCUGGGAAGCUUCCAGACCAAGUGGCAGCCGGCAGAGCCAGGCUGCAAGUGAUGCUCAGGGCCCAGAGGACAGGCCGCCAUGUUUCCCACCCACGGCCCCUAGUGACAGUGGCAAAAGCCCCAAGCCAGAGGACCAUGUUGAGCCCAAGCUGGUCACUUCGGGGCGAUCCAACUUUGGGCCCGUCUGGUAUGUCCCUGAUAAGAAAAAAGCCCCGGCAUCUCCUCCCCCUCCUGCACCUCCACUGCGUAGUGAUAGCUUCACUGUUGCCAAGGGCCAUGAGAAGGCCCAGGGUGCUCUGUUCUCAGACAUGGCCACCACACAGCACGUCACUGUCCUGCCCCAUGCUCAGCCCUGUGGGGACCAGAGACCUGAACCUGCUGAUCGACAGUGGAGGCUGAAACGCCCAAGUGGUGGUAAGGAAACAGCAAGUUUAGGUCAUCUGCCAGAGGGCCACCUGGAUUGUGGUUGGCUGUACUCUGAUAAUAGGACAGGUGGCCUUCCCCAGGGCUCCCUGUCCAGCACAGACGUGCGCUUCCCACAGUCUUACCAUGGGAGCCAGCACCCUCGCCAGUGUGGUGACGAGAGCCCCAGGGUCGUCCCAUCUCCAAGGGUAACCCUCUGUAGAGGUCGACAGGAACCUCCUAUACGCUGCCGGGAUGACAGCCCUGCUCAAGUGAGGUGGCCUGGUGCUGCCAACCAGAAGGAGGACAAUGGUGGACAGAACCACUAUUUCUGUGUGCCCCUCAGGCAGCCUGUGCAGGGGGCUGCCCAGGUAGCGCUGCCCCGAGGGGACUGUUGGCCUUCAGAGGCAGCCCCUGCAGUCCUUGAGUAUCCGCCCUUACGCCCAACGGGCCCGAACCAGCAGUGCUGCCUGCUUCAGCAUGAGGAGGCCCCGCCGUCCCGCAGGAGAGAGCAGUGUCACUUGCUGGGUCUAGGGACCAGAGGCGGCAGCCCAGCUGUGGAAGAAGCUCCCACGCCCAGCCAACCUGAGAAAGCCAGUCUGCAGAAAACUGGUGAUGGCUUCAAGUGGCUAGAUGGAGAGGAUGGGAGGAUCUCUCACCAGAGAACACCCAUGCUACACUCCCUGACCCAAGAGGAGACCCGGAGACCUGAGAGUAGGCAGGAUGGUGGAAAUGAGAAGCCAGCGCCGUUUGACGCCCAGGUGGGUAAGCCCACACGAAGGAGCAACCGUUUUGCCACAACCCUGAGGAAUGAGAUCCAGAUGCGCAGAGCGAGGCUACAGAAGAGCAAGAGCACCGUGACGCUGGCUGGAGACAGUGAGGCAGAGGACAAUGGCAGCAGCUGGAGGGCAGAGGUGGGGGCUGCCCCAGAAGGCUCCUCUCCCAGCACCUAUAAAGACCACCUGAAGGAGGCUCAGGCACGCGUCCUGAGGGCCACCUCCUUCCAGCGCCGUGAUUUAGACCCCACCCCAGGGGACCAGUAUACAGGGCUGCCAGAACACAGGACUGGGGACCACAGUGUCUCAUCUUCUUUGUCUUCCUUCCCUGGGGAGCCAGACUCUGUCCCCCGUCUCUGUGAGGCAAGCCUGACCAAACCAACCUCAGCUGUAAGUGGCAUACCCCACAUUCCUCGGAUUGGAGGCCGGAAACGGUUCACAGUGGAACAGAAACUGAAGUCGUACUCAGAGCCAGAGAAAAUGAAUGAGGUGGGCCUCUCGGAGGACCAUAGUCCUCCUCAUUCACACUCUAGGAUAUCUGAGGAUACGGUGGGCACAUUUGCUGACAGAUGGAAGUUUUUUGAGGAAACAAGCAAAUCUGUUUCCCAGAGGUCAAGCCACAGACAAGUUCUCUGCAGGCUUCUGAGAGAGAAGGUGGAUAAGCCACAGGCAGCAAGCCAUGUGUGUGAGGGCGCGGAGCCCUGCUUUCAAAAGAGGUCACGGGCUACCUCCUUUGGAGAAAUCCUUAAUGGUCACAGAAAAGCAGAAAAGUCCCCAGAGAAACUCGACCCACCACGGAGACUUGGAACCUUUGCAGAGUACCAAGCAUCUUGGAAGGAACAGAGGAAGCCUCUGGAAGCCAGGAGUUCUGGGCGCUAUCACUCAGCAGAUGAUAUUCUGGACGUGGGUCUGGAUCAGCCGCAGAGGUCUAAGUACAUUCAUGAGCGGUCCCGGUCGUCACCAUCCACAGACCAUUACACACAGGAAGUGCCUGUCGAGCCUCACAGACAGGCAGAGGACCCUGGUGGACCCAGAGAAGCGCUUCCCUGUACAGUGCGGGCCAAGGAGGGAAACUGUGCUCCAAGGCAAGCAGAUGCUCAGUGUCCAGAAGUCAGUCCAGGAGCGUUGCAGGAUGCACUGAAUCGGAACCCGUGGACCCCGUCCACAUUGUCUGAAUCCUCCCUCUCUCAGGAAGCCCCAGAGGCAGCCCAGGAGGGCCAGGGCCGAGCCGGGACUCUACCUCGAGAUUAUAGGUACUCAGAGGAAAACUCAUCUGCAGACUUGGGACCCCAAGCCCAGGGCCCCCCAACAUCCCCACCUCCUCAGGAACAUACUUCACGUCCCGUGAGCACUGCCCUGUUCUCUAAGAAGCCAGUCCCAGCCCAGAGGCCUCCACCACUCAAGCGGGAGCCCAGGAAGUACUGGGACCCCAACAGUACACCUGCGAACCCUCACUUGGCUGUCUCCCACAGCCCUUCUGUGCUCAGUAGUGCCCAGCUGCAAGACAGCCAGCAUGUGAGUGAGGACACCUCCUGCCCUCCGCCAGAAGCCCUGCUCUCUUCCAGGUGCCACCACCUGCAGGCAUCUGCCAUGGAGACGUCUCGCUCCCCCUCGCCUCAGUUCGCCCCACAGAAGCUGACUGACAAGCCUCCCCUGCUGAUCCAGGACGACAACUCAGCCAGCUCUUUUCUUGGCAGAAUUGAGCGGGUGAUGGACAACAACACUACUGUGAAAAUGGUGCCCAUCAAAAUUGUGCACUCAGAGAGCCAGCCAGAAAAGGAGAGCCGUCAGAGCCUGGCACGCCCAGCUGACCUGCCUGCAUUGCCCAGUGGGCUGGAGAAAGACCAGAUCAAGACACUGAGCACAUCAGAGCAGUGCUACUCCCGCUUCUGUGUGUACACGCGGCAAGAGGCUGAAGUCCCCCACAGAGCCCGCCCACCAGAGCCCUGGCCCCCCAGCGCCUCUGCACCCCCUGCCCGAGGUAGCUGUGCCUCUCCUCCCACACUCAGCUACGGGAAGGCCAAGGAGAAGACCGUGGACGACCUGAAGUCUGAGGAGCUGGCCAGGGAAAUUGUGGGGAAGGACAAAUCAUUGGCUGAUAUCCUGGACCCCAGUGUCAAGAUCAAAACCACCAUGGAUCUGAUGGAGGGAAUCUUCCCCAAAGAUGAGUAUCUCCUAGAGGAAGCUCAACAGCGGAGGAAGCUGCUCCCCAAAAUCCCCUCACCCAGAGCCACAGAGGACAAGAAACAGGACCCAGGUGUGCCAGCAUUCGUGUCCCUGGCCACCAAUUCCACUUACUACAGCACUUCAGCCCCCAAGGCGGAGCUGCUCAUCAAGAUGAAAGACCUGCAGGAGCCGGAGGAGUAUUCAGGGGGUGACCUGGACCACGAUCUCUCAAUGAAGAAGCAAGAGCUCAUAGACAGCAUCAGCCGCAAGCUGCAGGUCCUCCGGGAAGCCCGCCAGAGCCUGCUGGAGGACAUCCAGGCCAACAAUGCGCUUGGGGAGGAGGUGGAGGCCAUCGUGAAAGAUGUCUGCAAGCCCAACGAGUUUGACAAGUUCCGGAUGUUCAUUGGGGACCUGGACAAAGUGGUGAACCUUCUGCUGUCACUGUCAGGCCGCCUGGCUCGGGUGGAAAACGCCCUCAAUAAUUUGGAUGACAGUCCUUCUCCUAGUGACCGGCAGUCGCUGCUGGAGAAGCAGAAAGUCCUAACCCAGCAACAUGAGGACGCCAAGGAGCUGAAAGAGAACCUGGACCGUCGCGAGCGCAUCGUGUGUGACAUACUGGCCACCUACCUCAGUGAGGAGAGCCUGGCCGACUAUGAGCACUUCGUGAAAAUGAAGUCAGCCCUGAUCAUUGAGCAGCGAGAGCUAGAAGACAAAAUUCACCUCGGCGAAGAGCAGCUCAAGUGCUUAUUCGACAGCCUGCAUCCCGAGAGAGGCAAAUGAGAGCCCAGUCCUUGUAGAGGGCAGAAACAGCCUUGGAGUUCCAGGCCUGGAGAGUGGCUAGUAGAAAAGCAAUAAUGUCUGUGUUGGUGUGUGGUGAUUUAAGAUUUUAGUUUCCCUUGCAACUCGGAACAGUUUCUCGUCACAUGUGACUACAGAAGAUACCAGGCUCUGACGGCUGCCAGUGUACCCGGGGACCACCUAACGCUGGGCCUCCCGUUUACUCGAGCAGUGCCUCCCUACGGUGUGUGAGAGGGGCCAGUCCUUGUGAGUCGUGGGAUUCAGUCGAGCUUGGGUUGUGCUGUGUUUUGUCCUUGCUCAUUCAACAGUGUGUUUGUCAUAUCUACCGUACUGAUAUUCUCUGACCCAACAAAAACCCAUGAUGCUAAUUUAUUAACAUGUGGGAAACAUGAUUGCUUUCCUAAUGUCUAAAACCCAACUGUGAAACGAACGACUACAUGUUGGGCACACUCACUCUAACCUUAAAGUUGCCACAUACAUCUUGUGCAUGCUUUGAAACACACAAAAUAAACCGAUAGCUGUUGUUCAUAUCUUCCAGCUAAGUCAUGUGACUUGGUUCACGGAUAUCCAGUGAUAAUGUACCUGUUAGUUCUUAGUUUCCUGAAGCUGAUGGGAUAUUCUAAAAGUCACUUUCCACUAGACCAUUAAUUUUAAUGAGAACUUUCAUGAUUAAUUGGAAUGCUACUUGGUGACUUUUGUGCCUCCCAGUCUAUUGCCAUACAAUGAAGGCCACAUGCCAUGUACUGUCAGACCCUCUCCUUUGGAUUUUCAGAAGCCUGGGGACUGUCUAGCACCUACAGUUGAAACCGAGUUUAUUCUGUGCUCGUUAACCAGUUGAGUUAGCAGCACGCUAAGCCCCUUAAAACAACAUUGUUGCUCUGUUCACUCCCAAUUGAUAAAGUCACAGACUGGGAGGAAAGAUUUGGAAAUCGUGUGUCUGAUGUGUUUGCUUGUUUUUUGAGAAGGGUCUCAUGUAUCCCAGGUUGAUCUCAGAUUCGCAUUAUAGCCGAGGAUGGUCUUGAAUCCCUGAUCCUCCUGCCUCCUCCUGGCAAGUGCUGGGAUUACAGGCAUGUACCACUGUGCCCAACUCCAUGGCUCUAUGCAUCUGAUUAAAAGACUUUGUACUGGGACUAUAAAAAAGACCUCUCAACACUCAACAGUAGGAAAGCAAACAGCCCAACUAAAAAGCGGACAGAAAACUUGACACUUCACCAAAGAGGACAUAUGCAUGGCAGAUAAGCACAUGAAAAGUUCAGCCACCAGUGGCUCAGUUAUAGCUUACUUAUUUUUAAUAUGUGUAGGUCUGGUGUAGUUCUUCAAAAGAUGUUCAUGUAACUAAAUGCAUGGUGAAUGGUGAGCAAGCACCCCAGAUGACUUGAUGUUUAGAUGUUACUAGAGCCUUUGUUCUAUCAAGGGGUGAUCUUGAUUCCCCUGCCCCCGCCGGAAGCUUGCAGCAUGUGCAAUGAUUUCGCUCUGUCGGCAGUGACUGCAACCUUCCCAGAGCACACACGCGCUCUAAUAUUCAGGGGUCCGUGCACGUGCGCGUGCGCACACGCGAACACACGUGCAGAGUUAUCUUACACGAUCAGAACCCGUGCUUCCUGAGCCAGAGGAGCCAAGGUGGAUGCCACCAUCACUGGCGGAGAAGUUGGGACCCUUCUUAUAGCCAAGUCCACAUGGGAAAACUUCGAGAGGGCGAGCCAGAAGCUGCUUUCUUGGCAGUGUGCCCGUGUCAGUCAGAUGAGCGCCUCUGCAAAACGUUUCAUUCCUGUUAAGCGAAUAUACUUCUGCCUUGCAAAGUCCCCGCUCAGCCGCCGCAGCCGCCGCCUCCCUCCUGGCGGUGUCCCUUGCUGGGAACGUGGGUCAUGACAGCAAAACUGCAGCUGGCUGUCCACAAACCUUCCGAGGACUUUCAGACUAUUUAUAAUUUACACCAAGCUAUUUACUUGUGAUUCUUUCCCCUUGACUACAGUGUUGUGAUCAUUUUAAUGAAAUGUGUGUAAAAUGUGAAUAAUGGAAUUUCAUUUGUAUCUGCCUGUCUUGUGUAGUUUCAGACUUUUUCUUAAUGCGUAGCGAUCUACAGCACUCUACUCUGCUUUUAGUGAAACACGUAAUGGUGACCUCUCUGUCCAUUAUCUCGUGUGUGUCUUCAGUGUCUGGUUAGCGGGGACCCAAAGAUGCUAGUGAGUCCAGGUAUGUGCGUCUGUAUAUAGUGGUACUGUUGCAUAAAAACCAUCUGGUGCUAAUGGUUGGUCCUGGCAUUCAUAGGAUGUGGCACGGCUGUGGAACACUGUACACGCAGCACACUUGCUUUUGUUCAGACCUUGUGACUUGAACCCUGCACUCCACCCUGGCAAACAUGCAGAGACUUCAUCCUUGACACUGACCACUUAAUCCACAGAUUAUCCUGCUUGACUUUAACACAAUAAAUAGUAUCUCUGCAAAUGAA